AAGCCCUUAAUCAAUCUCUCAACAACUCACGACUUCUCUUCUUUGUAUUUUUCUUCUCUUCCUGGUUGUUUGUUGGUCGAAUUAUGAAAGUGAAUGGCAAUUCCUGAAAUGGGGGUUUUCAAGUUUCUUAAACUCAGUUUCUUUGUUGCAGUAAUGGUUGUUGGUGCACUGAACUUUACCGAGUCAGCAGUUUACAUUCAUUUCGAUGAAACUCCCCCACCAUGGUCAAGGCUCUCUACUGCUAUUUUUAGGUACUCUUUUGAAAGGCCUAACGGUUCUAAUGCUUGCAGGAACAGUAGUUGCUCUAUUUACUGUGAGUUGGAUGGGCAGAGAUUGAAACCUUGUCAUGCUGAUAACUUAGUACUGAGAAACUUAACUGCAAAUCAUAAGCACAACUUCCUUCUCAAAGUCAUAACCCUUAAUGGAGAGAAAAACUCUUCAGCUUAUUCAUGGUUUAUCGAUAAAAUCCCACCAACAGCAAUUAUUUCAAGCAAACAGAAUUACACGAAUGCUAAAAAGAUUACAAUCGACAUUACGUUCAAUGAAGCUUGCACUCGACAUGGUGGCUUCAAGUGUCUGAACUCAUCAAAUUGUGAUGUUAUUGUUGAUGGUCCUGCGCAUGUCCAGCCAUCAUCUCUGAGCAUCAUUGAACCUAACAUUAAAUACAGCUUCCUACUGGUUCUACCCUCGAAAAGCAUAUAUGGGCGUGUUGUGGUUACAAUGGCUGAUGAUAUUUGUAAGGAUAGGGCUGGAAAUAAUUUCAUGAGAAGCAAUUCUUCCACCUUAAUCGUUCACUUUGACAGAAGACCUGUGUUGGUUGAUCUUUGGUCAUCUAUUCCAUCAUACGAGUUGUCGAUCAAUGGAGUUCCUCGAACAGUUUUCGCAACUAACAGAAUGGAGGAGUUGAAGGUGUACAUGGAUUUCAGCAUUCCGGUAAUAAAUUCAACAGAGCAGAUCCUAAAUGCAUUAGAUGUGAACUUUGGUAGUUUAAUACCUGUUAAUCAGAGAACUCAUGGAAACAGCCGAUUUGCAUUCAGUCUCAAGAAUAUUGCACCAAAAACUGAAAUAAUCACAGUCAAACUACAAGCUGGUUUGUUGAUUGGCAGAACGGGCACUCCUGUCUCAACUGUUAACUCAUUUACAUUCCUCUAUGAUUGCAUGAAGCCUGGGAUCGGGUUAAGUACGAGUUCAGAAAACUUUACUAAGGAGUCCAAUAUCAAUGUAGUAGUUGAGUUCACAAAGCCGGUUUUUGGUUUCGAGGCCUCCAUGAUAGAAGUGUAUGGAGGGAGACUCAUAAGGUUUAAGGAACUUUCAAGGGCUCUUUACUCCUUGACUGUCAUGGCAAUAACUAAUAAUAUGGUGUCAAUUUCUAUUCCUGAGGGGAAAGUGAAUGAUAUUUCAGGAAAUGUGAAUGUGGCUUCUAAUAGAUUGGAAAUUAUUCACUAUUCAACACCUGCAAUAUCGACAGCUCUACAUUCAUUUGUGACUGCUGGAGUCUUAGCAACAACUCUAGCUGCAGCAACUCUUUCACUUUCCUCCACAAAUCUUGGAGCAAUUUCGAGUAAUACUUACGUAGCUUCCGAUGCGUCAAAAAAUCUUCAUGGAAUGAUAGGACACCUGCAAGUUUUUGUCCUUUCAGACUGGCUAUUAGCUGAUCAACCCAUUGAAUAUUCAGAGACAACAAAAGGUCUUAGGUGGCUAAUACCUCGACAGAAACUUCCCUGGAAAAAGAAUGACUGUUCAUUUUGGCCUAACAAUGUUUAUUUGGAUCAAGGGAGAUUCCUAAAGAGAUCCGCUAGAGCUUACCAUGACAUUCAGUUCAUUAGCCCGUCCUACAUGCCACAAAAGUUACAAUUUCCCACUGAAUAUGACCCAAAGUUCAAUGGGAGGCGCAACAUAAGCAAAGAAAAUACUCCUUUGGGCUACCUCUAAGUUCAAAUGAAUACUUCACCUUUUUCUUGAGAGGAGAGCCAUUAUCUGCUGGCAAUGUUGU